GUGAUUGAAAGUCUGCACUAUACAUGAGCUGGAGGGUGGUAGCGGUGGCCGCUGGGCGCCGCGCGCAGUGCUGCCGGGCUGAGGUAACGUGCGGACGUCAAUUAUACAACAUGAGGAUUUGUGCACAGUUCGCGUUUUUCACUUGCAUCGCGUAUGUGAACGCGGGCAUAUUAUUACAACAUGCACCAGCUUGUCCAGAGCAAUACGGCGUACAGGCGUACGCGCAUCCAGAGUUGUGCGACCAGUUCUUCCUAUGCACAAACGGGACGCUGACGGUGGAAACUUGUGAAAAUGGGCUACUCUUCGACGGCAAGGGCGCUGUACACAAUCACUGUAACUACCACUGGGCUGUUGACUGUGGGGAGAGGAAAGCUGAUUUGACGCCAUACUCUACGCCCGGCUGCGAAUACCAAUUCGGCAUCUACCCAGACAGCGCGGAGUGCUCCACCAGCUAUGUGAAGUGCGCCUUCGGUAUCCCCAACCAGGAGCCCUGCACUCCUGGCUUGGUCUACGACGAGAGAAUCCACGGCUGCAACUGGCCAGACCUUCUGCAACCUUUCUGUAACCCUGAAGCUGUCGUCGGUUUCAAAUGCCCAACCAAAGUGCCAGCGAACACGCAAUCAGCAAAAUUCUGGCCCUUCCCCCGUUUCCCCGUCCCAGGCGACUGCCACAGGCUGAUUACCUGCGUUGAAGGCAACCCUCGUCUCAUCACCUGUGGGGAAGGCAAGGUCUUUGACGACCAGAACCUAACCUGCGAAGACCCCGAGCUUGUACCACAUUGUGGUCACGCGUAAUUGAUCAGAACUUUAUACAAGACGAAAACGACUGUCCGUGGAACUCUGUUUCAAACGUAUAGGUUAAGACUUUCUCGAUAAUCUGUAAUGUAAGAAUAUGACGCUGAAACAACACAAUUCUAAACUCGCAGGAAUCAGAUUAAAGUGACAUAUUGGAAUGCCACUGGAUCAGAAUUACUUUCGUGAUCAACAUAUUCAAAUAAUAUUAUUUGAAUAGAGUAUACUAACACUCAAAAAGGAUCCUUAAUGAAACUUAACAAUAAAGUACAAGAAAAA